GCAUGCCUAUGUACUCUUGUAGGUUUUGGAAAAAACUGUUAUACCUCACGACAACCUAAAUGUCCAUUGGAGCGACAAAGGAUCGGUUGUUUCGAAGACGAUGGAUAUCAACGGGCGUUUCCAGAACUUCUUCUUACAGCUAGAGAUAAUAGGUCUGCAGUCUAUUUCGGAGAGAACAUAAAUUGGAAAGAUUGGGAAAACUUCAUCGACGGCUUUACUUGCGCAUGUGCACAGAAAGCUAAACAAAAGCACUACAAAUAUUUUGGCAUCGAGUAUUAUGGUGAAUGCUGGAGCGGUGUACCUGCUGAUUACAGCGUCCAUGGAAGGUCUGGAGAGUGCAAAAGCGUCUCGGGGCCAGAUUGUACACUCAGGACUUGCGAUGAAGAUUCAUACAAGCCUAAAAUUUGCGUCGGAGGUCAAUGGGCUUUGUACGUCUACAAAAUUAAGGAGUUACACCUACCACCACCACAAUCGACACCACCAAUCCCACCAAUCCCUACAGUAGCAUAAUCCCCAUCUUAACCUAGAGGAGGACGAGGGCGAGUAAACCUUUAACAAGCCAUUUCGUCUGUAGUGAUUGUGUGUGUUUCGAUAAUCGGACAAGAUGUAGCAUAGAAUGGAAUAAACCAGUACCGUCGUAGUAAAUGCGUCUCUUUGUUAUAACAUCUAACGAUCUUUAGAAAUCCUGCCAA